AUGGCUACCGGGACAACAACGGUAUCGAAGAACGAGGACAGCUUAAUGAUAAAUAUGCGAUUAAUGAAAAAAACUGGAUUCUAUCAAUUAUUGGAUUCGCGCAGUGUAAAAGUGUUUGGUCACAACGUAUUCAAAUGCAUGUCCGUGGUUCAAAUGUCGGUGCUUUUGUCGGUGGCCCUUAUAUUUGUCGCAAACAUAUAUUAUUUUUCGGACGACAUCAAUACAGUAAUGAUGUAUUCGAUGUUCAUUACAUCCGAUGUGCUCUCGAUAUUGAAACUCUAUUACAUACUCCGAAAUUCAGAUACGAUUUGGAACUGCAUACAGAUGACGUCUAUCCAAGACUUGUCGUACAAGUAUCACGAUGGGCGUAUACUCGAAGAGGGCCGAUCCAAGUCCACGUCGUAUUCGAUACUAAUUAUCUUUAUGUGGUUGAAUCUCGCGGUAUCUUGGUCGUUGGGUCCGCUGUUUGUGACAAAUUAUUUUUUAGUCGUAGAACAGAACGACGAGAUUUACCGUUACCGUUUCAACAUUAUGAAUUUCGCAUUUCCGGCGACCGAUCGGUUCUACAACGACAAUUUCAUGAUUUAUUACUGGAUAGAAUUUAUCCCACUGGUGCUAUGGUGCCAGUGCACAAUGAAUUUCGAUAUAUUACUGUUGUCGAUGAAUAUCACGCUCAAGUAUCAGUUAAAAACUAUUGCCAAUUCAUACAGUGCCUUCGAUUUCACACGAUAUAACGACUUUAAGAAUAAUCGUACAAAAAAUGUUAAACACCACAAAGAAUCAGAAUCAAUGGUUGAUUUCAAGAGUUUGAUUUACGAUCAACAGCGUGUUAUUGAAAACAUGAGAAACAUUUACCGAGUAUUUCGACCUGUGGUGCUUACUCAACUAGCUUUAGAGUCUUUAAUAAUAAUGCUACUGUCCUGUAUCAUAAUGCUGAACUAUUUCAAUGGUAUUUCGUUGUUAUCCGCGCUGAACUUGAGACUAUUUGCUGCGAUAUCGACGUUUUUAUUUCACAUAUAUGUUAUCUGCUACUUAUUCGACGACGUCAACGAACAAAAAGAUUCGAUGAAUCUUGCUUUGUACAGCAGUGAUUGGACGGCAAGCAAUCUACAACAUCAAAUUCUUCUACUUCAUGCCAUGCGGAUGAACAACGCCGAAAAUCUGAGACUACGAGUGACGAGACAUAAAAUAGUAAAUUUUCAAAUGUUUACAUAUAUCAUGCGGACAACGUAUUCGAUAUUAUCGGUGUUGGAAAAAAUGUGUGCAAACAAGACGUAG